AUGGUUGAAACACACAAGCUGCUCGGUGUUGGCAGCCUACAGUAUGACGAAGUACCGCGGCUUGCCUAUCAUAACAGGGUACUAAGUUAUUUCAAUGCCAGCCCCUUAAGUGCCCAGUCAGAAAGUGACAACGUCGAUGAAGCUUAUAAAGACUUAAAAGAAGCCGUCAUUUCCUCGGCGAAAGACUGCGAACGGGCCAGGAAGAGAAUAGCCAAACUGCCCAAGAACAGGGAGGGGGCACUAGCCCUCAGACAGUAA